ACAUUUAUAUAGUUUGCCCCAAAUCCCCUAAAAAUAAAUCGAACAAAUGAAUAUAAUCAAACAACAGUUUGUCCCAAGCCAAGUCACAGAUUUUAUUACCACUAGCUAAACUACUGCAUCCUUCCUGUUAUCUUACAGGAUUACCCAUAAACUUCCUGUCCCUUUAAAUAGGGUGGGGCCCCUCUUUUGUACUGCACUGACAGACCACUGCAGUCAACGGUUGAGUGUAAGGAGGAUAACCAGAAACGUUAUUUCUGCCUUAAGAAGGCAGAAAGGAAUCUGAAAAACAUUACAUUGCCAUCACGUAAAAGGAAACCGGGAACUGUGGUGUGAAACGUGAGGAGCUAAGGACAGAUUUCACUACAACAUUUUGAGUCAAUGGACCUGGUGUGGUUUGUGAUUCUUGGCACCUCUGCCAUGACUGCUGUUGUCUCUGCAUGUCCAGAGCACUGCCAUUGUGUCGACAUAAAAAUCCGUUGUCAAGGCUAUAUGAUAAAAGAAUUUCCGUCCUCACUUCCAAGUACCACGAUACGCCUUUUGAUUACCAACACCAGCAUAACAACAUUAAAACCAGCUGACUUUGAAACAUUUGCUGAUACGCUCAUUGCAUUUGUAGCCAUGGAUUCAAGAAUAGCCAAGGUGCACCCAUACACCUUUAACCAAACCCAGAGUCUUGAAACCUUGGUUUUAAGCGGGACUGAUCUAACCUCUUUACCAGAAAAUCUGUUUGAGAAUCUACAGAACUUAUCAACUCUGACACUGAGUAACAACAAACUCUCAGUCCUUCCGCCCUCCCUUCUCACCCCCCUUACAGCUUUGACCAAAUUAGACCUAAGCAAAAACCAACUUGUCUCUUUAGCAGAGAAUGCAUUUCAUGGUUUAGGACAGCUGCAACAGCUCAUGUUGCAAAGAAACUCUAUUAGAGAUCUUAACAAAGAUGUUUUUCAGGGACAUCUUAAACUUAAAGCUCUGUUCCUGAGGCAAAAUAAUCUGAUGGAGAUACCAGCAGGAAUUUUUGAUGACCUGGUGAACCUUGAGAUGUUGCACCUUCAAGACAACAAAAUCACACGGAUACCAUUAAAUCUCUUCAAAAAUCAGGAGAAGUUGAAGAAACUCUACCUCUCCAACAACAGGUUAUCAUCACUUCCAGGAGGAAUCUUCUUGAGCCUUCCCAAUUUAUCUCAUAUCUCACUUUACGAGAACCAACUCCAAAGUUUGUUGCCUGGGACCUUUGGUCCAAUGUUUCUUCAGGAGCUCUGGCUGUACAAUAACAUGUUAACUCACCUUGAAGAGAAUGUUUUUAGUAACUUAACUGAAGUUCAACUUUUGGUACUUACUAGGAACCAGAUUCAGCACAUUUCUCCUGGAGCCUUCAAUGGUUUGGUGAAGGUAGAGGAGAUCUCCCUUCACACAAACCGUCUGACCAGCAUUACGGGGGGAAUUUUCAAAGACCUUCCAAAGUUAACUAACAUAUCCCUGGAGAACAAUGAAAUACAUCAUAUUCCCAAUGAUCUCCUAGAUGGUGUGUCUCAUUUGUAUCAGUUAGAGCUUCAAAACAAUUCUCUUGCAAACUUGCCAAAAGAAUUUCUAAACUCGUUGUCUGUGGUUGAUAACGCUGUACUCUCUCAAAAUCCUUGGAGAUGUGAUCAUGACAUAAUACCAUUUAGGGACUGGCUACAACAGUUCCCAGAAAAAGUGAAGAACCUUAGUUCUUUGGUAUGUACAAUUCCUACUCACCUCAAUGGCAGGAACAUAACAGAACUUAUGGACAAUGACAUCCUCGCAACUCAGCCCCCAACUGUGACAACAUUUCACAUUUCGUCAAGUGCACCAGCAGAUAGUAAGAGUGGCGAAGGGGGUGGUGAGGCUGGGGGUCUGUCGAAAAACACAUUCAUUAUCAUUAUUUCUGUUGGCUGUACUGUUCUUAUUGUCAGUGUCAUUGCUUGUGUGUUAUGGAGGAGGAACAGGCGGGGCAGUCAGGAUCUGGACCGUGAAAGAAAUAAAAACUCAGUCAUUUAACACUAAAGAAAAACUGUUGUAAAGCAUCAUCAACAUUAUUUGCUGUACAUUAUUAUUUACAAUUAGGAUCAGAGGUGGAUAGAGUAGCCAAAUUCUUUACUAAAGUAAAACUAGGCAGGCAUUUAUCAUUGUUGCAGUUUGGGUUUGAUAGAUAUAGAUUCAAAUCCACUUCAUCCAACGCUCUUUGCUUGUUCUUAAGCCUCCCGCUACGAGUGAGUAACCCACCGCUUCAGACGAUAUAGAUUGUGCUGAACAAAUAAUUUGAACUUCUUUGUUAACCUAUUCAGACGGUUUUGCCUAUUGUUUAAUUAAUGCUUUCAAAAGAAUCAAUCACUCAGGAAUGCAUGUAAAAUAGACAAUAACCUUGAAAUAAACAAAGCAUUUUAUAAUGCAUGUUUUAAAAUAAGGAACAAAGGAACGUCACGCAGUGUAACGAAGUGAAUGUACAGAUUUUCUAUUAAAAAUAUUUUCAAGGGUAAAAGUACCCACUUUUCGUUUUACUUUAAAAGUACAUAUUUUCCAAAAUGUUACUCAAGUAAAUGUAACGUGUUACAUCUCACCUCUGGUUCGGAUUUAAAAGGAUUUAUGGUAGGCAAAAAAAGACAGAAGUGGGCUCAUAACAAAAUAUGUGUCAUUUUGCCAUUGUGUGUGUAUAUUUGAUAGUCAUAAACUCAUUUAUCUGACAUGAGUAUAAAAAUGGACUAUACUGUGUCUGCUGUCAAUUUUGUCAGUAUUAUUGGUUACAUGCUUUUCUGCAAUUCUGAAUAAAACUUUUUCUCCACAUAAAUAGCAGAAGCAUAUGUUCCCUUUCUGUCGGUCUCUCGACGUUGUGUCGAGAACGACAGAUGGGGUUCGCCCUUGAGAACCAAUCAACUCUGACUACUAUAGAAAAGGCCAAUGAAAU